AAUGUUUCUGCCACCUUUGUACAAAAGACAAUUUUACUUGUGUCACAGAUGGGCUCUGCUUUGUCUCUGUCACAGAGACCACAGACAAAGUUAUACACAAUAGCAUGUGUAUAGCUGAGAUCGACCUAAUUCCGCGAGACAGGCCAUUUGUAUGUGCGCCAUCUUCAAAAACUGGGUCUGUUACUACAACAUAUUGCUGCAAUCAGGACCACUGCAAUAAAAUAGAACUCCCAACUGUUGGCCCUUUUCCAGGAAAGCCAUCAUCUGGCCUUGGUCCUGUUGAGUUGGCAGCUGUCAUUGCUGGACCAGUCUGCUUCGUCUGCAUCUCACUCAUGUUGAUGGUCUAUAUCUGCCAUAACCGCACUGUCAUUCACCAUCGAGUGCCAAAUGAAGAGGAUCCUUCAUUAGAUCGCCCUUUCAUUUCAGAGGGUACUACGUUAAAAGAUUUAAUUUAUGAUAUGACUACAUCGGGUUCUGGAUCAGGUUUACCGUUGCUUGUUCAGAGAACAAUUGCAAGAACUAUUGUGUUACAAGAAAGUAUUGGCAAAGGUCGAUUUGGAGAAGUUUGGCGAGGAAAAUGGAGAGGCGAAGAAGUCGCUGUUAAAAUAUUCUCCUCUAGAGAAGAACGUUCAUGGUUCCGUGAGGCAGAGAUCUAUCAGACUGUGAUGUUACGUCAUGAAAACAUCUUGGGAUUUAUAGCAGCAGAUAAUAAAGACAAUGGUACAUGGACUCAGCUCUGGUUGGUGUCAGAUUAUCAUGAGCAUGGAUCCCUUUUUGAUUAUUUGAACAGAUACACAGUUACUGUGGAAGGAAUGAUAAAACUCGCUCUGUCCACAGCAAGUGGACUUGCCCAUCUUCACAUGGAAAUUGUUGGUACCCAAGGAAAACCAGCCAUUGCUCAUAGAGAUUUGAAAUCAAAGAAUAUCUUGGUAAAGAAGAAUGGAACUUGCUGUAUUGCAGACUUGGGACUGGCAGUAAGACAUGAUUCGGCCACUGAUACAAUUGAUAUUGCUCCAAACCACAGAGUGGGAACAAAAAGGUAUAUGGCCCCUGAAGUUCUAGAUGAUUCCAUAAAUAUGAAACACUUUGAAUCCUUCAAACGUGCUGACAUCUAUGCAAUGGGCUUAGUAUUCUGGGAAAUAGCUCGACGAUGUUCCAUUGGUGGAAUUCAUGAAGAUUACCAGCUGCCUUACUAUGAUCUUGUACCUUCUGAUCCAUCAGUUGAAGAAAUGAGAAAAGUUGUUUGUGAACAGAAGUUAAGGCCAAAUAUUCCAAACAGAUGGCAGAGCUGUGAAGCCUUGAGAGUGAUGGCAAAAAUUAUGAGAGAAUGUUGGUAUGCCAAUGGGGCGGCUAGGCUUACAGCUUUGCGGAUUAAGAAAACACUGUCACAGCUCAGUCAACAGGAAGGCAUCAAAAUGUAAAAUCUAUGACUUUGCGUGAACUCUACUUUUUCUUCAGAUCUGCUCCUGGGUUUUAAUUUGGGAGGUCAAUUGUUCUACCUCACUGAGAGGGAACACAAGGAUAUUGCUACCUUUUGCAACAAUAUAAUAAGGUCAAUUAAAAACUUCCCAGGAUUUCUUUGGAUCCAGGAAAUAGCCGUAUGGGGUCCUUUCUGUGCACUAUGAACGCUUCUUUCCCAGGACAGUUACAAAAUGUUACGUAGUCUACCUUUAUUUUUUAUUAACACAAAACUUGUUUUUUUAAAAAAUGAUUGCCGAUCUUAUCUUUAGGUAACUCUGCUAUGCUGAAGGUCACCUUUAAGGGUAAAGGAGCUGGACUGCUGAGUGAGACGAGAUAUGUCUUAUUUUUAAAGAAAGUGAUUUUUCUCCUGGUUAGUACAUUCUCAGAGGAUUCUGAACCACUAAAGAGUUUCCUUGAUUCAGACUUUGAAUGUACUGUUCUGUAAUUUUCAGGAUCUUAAAAUUAAUGCUUAUAAAACUCUUAUCUUGAGUCUAAAAAUGACCUCAUAUAGUGGUGAGGAACAUAAUUUAUGCAACUGUAUUUUGUAUAUUAUUAUUGUUCUUUCACAUAUUCAGAACAUUUACCUGCCUUUAAAAUGGGAUUGUACUAUACCAGUAAGUGCCACUUCUGUGUCUUUCUAAUGGAAAUGAGCAGAAUUGCUUAAAGUCUAUGUGUGUUAAAACCUGUAGUGUUUUAAUUCAAAAGUUUUAUGUCUCUGAGUAAUCCACACUUUUUCUGUUUUGUUUUUUGGAAGAGUAUUUGUGGUAUGUCAUUUAGUAUUCCAUUUUGAAACUGCCUUUCUCCUACCAAACUGUGCUUAAACCACUAAAAAAAAUGAAGUGGCAUUAAUUGGUAAAUUGUUAUCAUGGUCAUGUUUGGAUAUUCUCCCAUUAGGCUUUUGCAGUUUACUUUUGUUGUCUGAGUAUACUGAAAAAAUCAAGUGGCACUCUGGCUGCUUAUAAUACUUCAAUAAUUUAAAAUCUGGAGCACACAGACUAAUUUUUCUAAAAGGGAAAAUUUGUCUAGCUGCUUAUAAAAAGUUUAUGGCAUUCUGUAAGCCAUUGUUUCUUUAUCUGGUCAAAGACAGUGUUAUUUUUUUAGGAAAUCAACUACACUUAAAAUUAGAAUAUGGGUAAUGUUAAUAGGCUUUUUUCUAGGAAGGCAAAGGUAGUUAAUAAUUUGAAUAGAUGACAGGUGUGUGGGAGUCGCGUUAGCCGUGUAGGCGUCAGUGUUCCGUGGGUUCUGUCUGUGUAGUGAGGGUUAGAGACAGCGUGGCUGUGAGGUCGCACUGCGCUCGGAGGAAGGCAGCUUUUGUCUCCGUCUUUCCUUCUGUGUGCAGACGCUGCCACUGCUAACUCACGUGGCUAUGGAAUGUAUUCAGUGCACCCUUGGUAUUUGGGAAAGUGGUCACUAAAGAAUAUUCUGAGGAUAGGUUCACCAUUUACAAAUGUUUUUGGUCAAGUGUUUAAAGCAAAUUUGUCAUGGUCUUCUCACGUUAAGUUGAAACUAGCUUAUAAUAACUGAUUUUUACUUCCAGUGCUAAAAGUCUGUAAGAUUUUUACAAUUUUCAAAGUCCUCUUUAUCACUGUGAUCUUAUUCUGAGGGGGGAAAAUCCAUCAUAGCUGUGAGGCAAGACUUUUGACUACGUAGUGCUAUCAAUUUCCUGAUGAAAGGGUCAGAAUAACCUUUACAGUAUUUUGGUCAGGAAGAGGUAGUGGCAAUUUAUGCUGACUGAGCUGCACUCUGAUAAUGUCUUAUCUCUUAUACCUAGAAUACAUUUGAAAGACUAUUUGGUCUUAAAGCCAAAGUAAUUUUAGAAUGAAUGACAUAUUACAUAGGAAUUUAGUGUCAGUUUCAUGUGUUUAAAACAUGGGGAAAAUGUUUAGAGGUUAAUGUUUUGACUCCAAAUUUUGAGUUUUUCUUCUCUGUAGUUACCAUGAUUUCAUCAAAGCAAAUGAGUGAGUUUGAGAAGUUUGUUUUUAUAAUUGUGUUAUAUUUCCUGUUUAAUAAUCUCUAGCUUUGUGAUCAGGUACUUUUUUAUUUUUUGGCCAUUUCCAAGCCUACCAGAUCUGCUUUAUGAAAUCCAGGGGACCAAUGCAUUUUGUCACUGAAACUAUUUUUAUAUAAUUUUAAGAACAUACCAAAAGUUCUUGUCUGAUUUAAAAUUGUGAUACAUGAUUUUUCACUUUCAUAUAAGGUAAUCAGCUUUUGCUGAAGAGAUUCUUCAUUAAAUAAAAAAUUGAGUUACAGUUUUACUGUUCUUGCCUAAAUAAAAUGUACUUUUGAUGAAUCAGGGAAUUUUUUUAAAAGUUGGAAUUUAGUUCAAAUUUGGGUUUACAUGUUACUUUAAUUAAUUCCUUUUUUGGCUAAUGGCAGUUUGAUAAACCUCAACUGGGUAAUAUUGAAAAUUAAAGUAACUUAAGAUUUAUAGAUCACGAUUACUGUGGCUAUAAAUUGCAGAAAAAUUUGACUAGAGAAUUAAUUUUUACCAUUUAAGAACACAAGCCUUUGUUUAUACUGCCUAUCUUCAGAUGCUCACUUUCCAAGAAUCAACUUGGCUAAGAUAUACCUUCAGGCAAAUUAUCUGUCCACUUCCAUUUUGUCAGUGCUCCCAGAGGAGUGGGGAUGGGAGGGGUAUGACCUAGUAGACAUCCCUGGUCCUUUCUUCAUACCCUUGGCUCUUUUUCUCCUACCCUGUCUUCCUGCUGGCCCUUGACUCAGUGCGGUGGUAGCUGUGGCAGUGGGAGUCAUGCCAGAAGCAAUGGCCAUUUGUAUCCUCUGUAGGACAGGGUAAGGUCCAAAGAGCUGAGCCUGUAGUUACGCUCCAGAAGUGCCUUGAGUCAGUAUACAGUGCCAUGGCCUCAAGAAUUCUAAAUUUCAGUUCUUACUACAAAAUUUCAGUUCUUAACUAUAAAAUUCAUGUGAUCAUUUUGCAGCUCAUCCACGAGUUGCCUUUUUCACCCCCUACAUCAGAGAACUGUCAUGUAAGAGUAUUUUGUAAAACAAGAUGACAAAGUGCUAAGUAAAAUGUACAACAAAAUUAGUAUUCCACUAGACAUGUCAUAUCAAGAGUUUUUAAUUCCUGCACUGAAAGAGUGAUUGGCAGUAAACUGUUUCUUGACCAUGGCAGUGCUCUGGCUCCAGAUGGUGGAGAGCCCAAAUAACGGUUCUGUCACAGCUUGGCAGGAAAUGCCAAUUCAGACAUUUUUGAGAUUCUAAAGGGUAGCUCAUGACGUGUACUGCGGCUUCUUGUGUCUGUUUGGGAAUGCUGGAAUGCCCAUGGCCCUCUCUCUAGGAAUGCUGGACUUCGGGACGUUCUGAGGAUUGUCAGUACAUUCGAACUUUUCAACCCUAUUAUGCAGUCUUAUUUUCAAUUGUGAACUUUAAAAAAUACAGUUAAUAACAUCCAACCUGUUUCUUAAAGCUUAAAAAGAACUUCAGUGAAUGUUUUUAUUUUUAAACAAGAUUUGUGAAUUGAAUAUCAUGAACUAUGUUUUGAUAUCCCUUUUUCACAUUGUGCCAAUGGAACGGGGUGUUUGAUAUUUCUUUAUAUGUCAAGGAGAUGCUUCAAAAUAUCAAUUGCUUUAAACUUAAAUUACCUCUCAAGAGACCAAGGUACAUUUACCUCAUUGUAUAUAUGAUGUUUAAUAUUUGUCAGAGCAUUCUCCAAGUUUGCAGUUUUAUUUCUAUAAAGAAUGAGUAUUAAGUUGCUAAAUUACUCCAAUGGUACUGUAUUGUUUAUAUCUGUACCCCAAAUAACAUCAUGUAUACUUUGUUUUCUGUAUUUUAUUGUAUUUGUGCAAAAUUCUUUUGGCUUUAUUACUGUAAUCUCUGCCCUUUAAGAUGUGUACAGAAAAUGUCCAUAUAAAUUUUCAUUUAAGUUGAAUGAUUUUGAGAAGCCUGUAAAGAGGAGAGAAAAUCAAACUUCAGUUCCCCAUAAGUUUUUAACAAUUGUAUAUUGUAUUUGUAGUAAUAUUCUCAAUGAACUGUAAAUAGGAAGUAGAAGAUAAUGCUUAUGUCCAGUCCUAACACUACAGUAGACAAAUGGAAGCAAUGCAAAUAAAUUACUUUUUUUCCCAA